CAUGCGCACGCUUUGGGGUCCUUCAGCUGAAUGGUUGAGGCGCCUAAUUUCUGUAUUAUAUUAUUUGAAAUGUCAGUAUUUGUAUCGCUAGUGCACUAAGUUAUAUUUAUUGAUUCGCCUUAUUGAUUUGAGUAAAGUGGGUGGUAAUGGAGGAGGUAGAUGUGGAGCCGACAACUACUCCUAUCCCUGGGAUCGACAGCAACCAAAAACACUUGGGAUUUGUGUGGGGUCCUGGAGAUAUCCUGGUUUAUGAGACCAUUUACAAAGCAUCAGGUGGAUCUGCAGGGGGUUGUCCCUUCGUCCAUGAGGUCAGGAAAGAUGAGGACAUCUAUUCCCCUAUUUUGCGUAAACUCUUCAAUGAGUCCCAUCACAUCUUUGUUGGUCUGCAGAGGAUCAGAGAGGAUCUGCCCAGCAAGAACAAGAAACCCCAGUUCGUCAGUAUUAGCAAGAACUACAGGUCUGUGAUUCGAGCAUGCAUGGAGGAACUCCAGCAAGUCGCAGUUUCUACACAAGAUGCAGCGUUGGCUACACAGUAUGGAAAUCAGGUGUCAAUCCUGCUGGCAGUAGAGCUGAUCUGGAACCUUUGUGAAGUGUUGUUCAUCGAUGCAGCUCCAGCUGGCUCCCUGCUGCUCCACCUGCUCGACUGGGUGAGGCUGCACAAGGCUGACGUGGAUGAGAAGGCGGAGGUGCUUGCGAGUGAGAGCCCCGCAGAGCACCAGGCCUACUGGGACGUGGUGAUCAGCUACGUGCUGCAGGGCCGGAUGGACGAGGCCAGGCAGGUCCUGGUGAAACAGGCAGCUCUGCAGCCUGCAGCCAGGGCCAUGUUCAAACUGCUGGACAACCUGCUCAAGAAGAUGCCCAUCUUCAAUCCUGGUGAGACUCAGACCCUGACAGAGUUUGAUGUAAAGUGGAGACACUGGCGCGAGGAGGUAGACCGCUGUCUCCAGGACCAGUCCUUCGCCAGCAACCCCCACCUGGAGGUUAUCUGUAAGAUCCUGGUUGGUGAUGAGGAUGUUCUCCUGGAGCACAAGGAGCUGCUGAGUACCUGGUAUCACUUCCUGGUCACCAGACUGCUGUUCUCCCACCCCACUGUCAAGCCCACAGAGCUGCACUACUACGCACAGUCGAGCAUGCACAUGUUCCUGGACACGAGGAGUGUCCCAGAGCCCCUGGACAGCAUCCUGCUGGCAGCCUUUGAGUUUGACAUCCACCAGGUCAUCAAGGACUGCAGCAUUGCUCUCAACAACUGGUGGUUUGUGGGGCAUCUGACUGACCUGCUGGACCACUGUAAACUGCUCCAGUCUCACAACCUACAUUUUGGCUCCAACCUGAGGGAGUUUCUACUGCUGGAAUACGCCUCAGGACUGUUCACCCAUCACAGCCUGUGGCAGCUGGCUGUGGACUACUUUGACCACUGUCCAGAGUUUGGCCGUGUGUACCUGGAGCUACAGAUAGAGCGUGUUCCUCUGGACACGGAGCGCAAGGCCCUGAAGGUGAUCAGGAUCUGUGAGCAGAGGCAGAUGCCUGAACAAGUGAGGAGCAUCUGUAAGAUCAUGGCCAAGAAGGCCCUGAGGAACAACAGACUGGGCUCAGCUCUCUCCUGGAGCAUCAGAGCCAAAGAUGCCGCCUUCGCCACCCUCAUAUCAGAGAGGUUUCUCCAGGACUACUGCGCCAAAGGGACCUUCUCUGAUCUGGACCUGAUUGACAACCUGGGCCCAGCCAUGCUGCUCAGUGACAGGCUUACUUUUCUAGGGAAGUACCGUGAGUUCCACCGUCUGUAUGGCGAGAAGCGUUUCUCGGACGCCGCCAAGCUCCUCCUCUCUCUGAUGACGGCCAAGAUCGCCCCCCGCUCCUUCUGGAUGACUCUGCUGACCGACGCCCUGCCCCUGCUGGAGCAGAAAGAGGUGAUUUUCUCUGCUGAUCAAACUCAUGAGCUGAUGUUCUGUCUAGAGGAGCUGACCUCAUGGAAGAGUGUUCCCAACCCAGACAGACCCAUGCAGGAUGAGGACAUCGAGACGACCAAGAUUGAGCUCCUGCGGCUAGCGCUAGCCCGUAACCUGGCCAUGGCCAUAGUGAAGGAGGGGACAGUGGAAGUUUGACCAACACUUAGACGAGCGCUUAUCUUUUUCAUUUUAUACUGUACAUAAACCAAAUCUGAUCAAAAUGUGCUAUUUGAUAGACAUUUUUUGAUUCUGUGGAAAUGCUUGACAUGAACACUGUGGCUGGGAUUCAAAUUCAAGCACACUGCGCUGUCAACAAUGUGCCUUUUUAAAGGCAAUUUCCCUGACAUUCGCUGAGAUCGCAUUCACAGUAAACCUUUAAGUCAACUUGUCGACAAUGUGCCUUCGAUUGAAUCCCAGCCUUUUUUAGUUCAUACAGUUGAUUCCUAGCCUAAGGUAUGAAUAGAAAAGCAAUGCCUUAACAACUUGUUAGAACAACAAAGACAAAAUAUUACAAUCAGCUAAAUUACACCAGAUCAAAAGUAUCCUUUAAAAGAAAUACUUUAAUUCGCCAUGCAGCAAACAAAUAGCACAUGUAAUACAGUAUGUACAAUCGUAAAACAUCCUUCAAGACCUUUACACAUCACAUUGACCUCUACACAUCUUCUGACUAGAGACGUUCUACAGACGAUAAGUACACCUAUGUACAGAGCUAUUGUGCCUCUCACAAUGCUACAAGCCAGGGACAACCAGAGAGAGGACAGGGGGCAAACUGGCUGCUUUCCAAUUCCCUAACCUCCCCGAAGUGUUCACUUGCUCACUCAUCCUUGUGGAUUUAAAAGCAAUGUAUUAGUGCAAGCAUGGGUUAGGAGUUUCCACCAUAUUCUCACAUCCUUCCAUUCCUUUUGAAUCUGUUAGGAUGAAGGUUAGCGAAUCAACCUUUCACCAUAGAUGAAGUAUGAAAUCAGUGCCCUAUUGUGGGCUCAAUAUUACUGGAAAUGAUUUUGACUCCUUGGUUUCACCUUCCUCCGUGUUAGUUCCAACUUGUGUCAGAUUACGCUUUCAGUCAGUGUUAAGCUUGGUCAAUUCAGUGAUGCACUGAAAUACUAAAACUGAAAUAAAUAAAACAAUACAUAAUUCCAAUACUGACAAUGGAGAAAAUAAUAUUACACAUCCUAAAACUCAGGACUAACGGAUAUCUUAACUCUGACAGACAACUUCGAAAACUCCAAAACACCAUGGCAAGCAUCAGAGGGAGUAUAAGAAGAACCCGUACAUUAAACCAACUAAGGUUUGCAUUUAUGAUCACAACUUACAGAAACAUGCCAGGAGUAACCACAAUAUUGAUUAGAGUGUUGCUAGGAAACCCAGUCAUCAAAAUAGUAGCUGUAUAUUCGUCUGUGGUAAGACCUAAAGAUGGUCCAGCAAACCCAUUAAAUAACUAAUAUCAUUGAGAAAUACAAUAUACCUCACUUAAAAACAAUGUCAUAAUAAUCACCACAAUUAUGUCUAAUAAGCAUGAUCACUGGAUAUGCACUGAAGAAAUAUUGAAACACCUGAUGGAAUCAUGUUCGAGGCCUUUGUCAACAGCUAGCUAGCACCCACAUCUAAUCAACAUAACUUCCUGUAUCUUGACUCAAGUUUUAAGUCUGAGCUAACAUACUAGCUAGCAAGUCCUCCGGAUAAGAUUCCCAGAUUUCACCAAGUUCUAUUCCAGUUAUAGGACUAAUCAAUCAUUUUUCCUAGUUAUAAGCUCUGAAUAAUAAUGUCCAUUCUAGAAUGCCCUUCUAGCCCAUCAGAAACAAGCAUUUAACAAUGCUGUGAUAUAUAUAUAUAUAUAUAUAUAAUAUAUAUAUAUACAUACAUACAGUAC